AUGUCUAAAGACGCGAAGGAAAGUGAAAUUGAGUUGACACGCGUGAAAACAAAACGUUCUAUCGUAAGAAGAGCAGUGACAAAUUACGUAAAGAAAAUUGAAGGCAAUCUAAAAGAACAAGACGUUAACUUUGAGGAAAUAUCUAAAAAUUUAGAACUGUUAAAGCAAAAAGAGGCUGAAUUGAAAGAUAUUAACUAUAAGGUUGAAGCGCUAAUUGAAAAUCUUGAAGAAUUAGAUAGCGAGUUAGAAAGAAGUUAUAAUACGCUAAGCAAUGGAGCAGUCGAGUUAGUAUUUUCCUCUCAUUUUGACACUGAAUUUAAGAUAGUAACCUCCGCUUACGUCAUUGAUAAAAUUUGUGGGGAAUUGCCCAAUUCAACUACGCCUGUGAAAUGUUUCAAUGAGUAUAAGGAUUUAUUGUUAGCAGAUCCCUCUUAUUUUAAGAAAGAAAGCAUAGACAUUCUAUUUGGGGUAAAUGUAUUUUUUUCGCUUGUAAACGGAGAGGUAAUAAAACGGGGUGAAAAUCUUCCGUUCGCAGUAGGUUCUAGAUUAGGGUGGAUAAUCGCAGGAGCCACAACGCUCAGCUGUUGUGACUUAGAAUCUAGUUCUGUUAAUAGUUUAAGUGUUAGUACAGAUGAGCUAGUUAAGUCGUUUUGGGAAUUAGAACAAAUUCCGUCAACACAAUCGCUUACAAGGGAAGAAAGGCUUUGUGAAACGCAUUUCUUAGAAAAUUAUACGCGCAAUAAAGAAGGAAGGUAUUCUGUUAGACUUCCGUUUAAACCUAAUAGAAAACUGUUAGGUAACUCCAAGGCCACCGCAUUUAAAAUGUUUCAUAGUCUAGAAAAAAGACUUCUAAAAAUGCCUGACAUUUAUUUGCAAUACAAAAAGUUCAUGACAGAGUAUCUCGAUCUUGGGCAUAUGGAAAUCGACAAUACGGUAUGCAAAGAAAAUGCUCAUUAUCGUAUUCCGCACCAUCAUGUAAUUAAUGAGUAUAGUUCCACCACAAAAUUAAGAGUUGUUUUUAAUGCUAGUGCAAAAACUACAUCUGGUGUAUCAUUAAAUGAUACGCUUAUGAAUGGUCCAAAGGUGCAGGACGAUCUUUUCGCUAUUUUAUUGAGGUUUAGAUGUAAUAACAUUGCAAUUACAAGUGAUUUACAAAAAAUGUAUCGCCAGAUAGAGAUUCAUGAUGCAGAUAGAGAUUUUCAAAAAAUUCUGUGGAGGGAUGACCCCACUAAACCAAUUUCGACUUAUAGGUUGUGUACUGUCACGUAUGGUACCGCAUCUGCUAGCUAUUUAGCUACGCGAGUACUUAAACAGCUGGCAAUUGAUGAGGCAGCGAGAUUUCCAAAGGCAGUUGAUCUAAUCAUGCAUAAUUUUUACGUUGAUGACUGCCUGUUUGGCGCUAAAACGCAAGAGGAGGCGAUUGAUCUUAUCCAUGAACUGAAUGAUCUCCUUAGAAGAGGACAAUUUAAAUUGCACAAGUGGUGUACUAACAAUUCGUUUGUGUUGGAAAGACUACGCAAAUCAGAGGGCUUGUCCGCAUGUUCUUCUAGUACCGCCGAUUCUAAAUUUAUUAAAGUAUUGGGAUUGAGAUGGAACCCAACGCUCGACGACUUUACGUAUAACAUUCAUUUUUCGGAUAAGCACAGAGCCUUCCCUACAAAAAGAUCUAUUUUGUCUAGUGUGUCAAGCAUCUUCGACCCCCUUGAGUGGUUGUCGCCAUUUAUUAUAACUGCAAAAAUUUUGAUUCAAGAUUUGUGGAAAUGUCAGUUAUCGUGGGAUGAUCCUGUGCCUCCGGAGCUUAAGGAGCGAUGGAUUAACUAUAGCAACGAUAUUUCUCAACUUGAACCUGUAACUGUGUCUCGAAGAGUUCUUUUGCACGAAGCGUCUAAUAUUGAACUGUAUUGUUUUUGUGAUGCCUCUGAGAAGGCAUACGCUGCAGUAAUUUACUUAAAAUCUUCUGAUACGUCCAGUCAUCAAGUUAGCCUGUUGACAUCGAAGACUCGUGUUUCACCAUUGAAAACAAUAUCGAUUCCGCGCCUUGAACUUUGCUCAGCUGUGUUGUUAGUGCAUUUACUACAAAUCGUUCUUUCGUCAUUACAUAUUCAAAUUGAUGCAAUACACGCCUUCACAGAUUCCACAAUCGUUUUAGCAUGGUUAAGAUCUGAGCCGUCACGUUGGCAAAUAUUUGUUGCUAACCGGGUUUCUGAAAUGCAAGGGAUCCUUCCUAUUCAACACUGGCGCUGGAUUCCUUCAGACCAAAAUCCAGCAGACUGUGCAAGUAGAGGACUUUUACCCUCUGAACUGCUUAAGUUUGACUUGUGGUGGUCUGGUCCUCCUUGGCUUAGACACGAGGAAAUUCCACAUGUAGAAGUACCAUUGUCAACGGACGCUCUAAAAGAAGAGCGAAAAAAGGCUUCGUGUUUAUAUGGAACAUCGUCUGUUGAUUUUCCAAUAAUUGUUAAAGUUUCAUCAUAUGUUAAAUUACGCCGCAUGAUAGCAUGGUGCCUACGUUUCAUUAAAAAUGCUCGAUAUCCCAAAAAUCGAAACAUUGGCUAUCUGACUAGUGAUGAAAUGAAAGCCGCUAGAAAUAUUUUGGUGAAGAUAGUUCAAAAGCAAGAGUUUUCCACUGAGUAUCUUCAUUUGGAGAAUAAAAAACCACUUCCUGCCAAUAGUAAAUUACUUUCCUUAAAGCCAUUUAUAAAUGAAGAUGGUGUAAUACGUGUUGGUGGUAGACUGGAAAAUGCUCCUUUCUCAAAUGAAAGAAAACAUCCCAUUCUCCUGCCAAAGAAUCACCACUUAACUACCAUUAUCAUUCGCUCCUAUCAUGAAACAUAUUUACAUGCGGGUACUAUUCUUUUGUUAUCUGUUAUACGUAAGGAGUUUUGGAUAAUUAACGCUAAGUCGGCCAUUAAAAAGGAAAUUUGGAAAUGCAUUAAGUGUUUCAAACUCAAGGGAAAAACAGCAACCCAGGUGAUGGCUGAUUUGCCGCGUGCUAGAGUAAUGCCAUCACGAGUGUUUUCAAAAACCGGUCUAGACUUUGCAGGACCCUUUCUAGUAAAACCGCGAUCUGGCCGCGGGGUUAGAACCUUAAAAGUUUACAUUUGUAUUUUUGUGUGUUUAGCCGUAAAGGCUGUGCAGAUUGAAAUUGUUGGCAACUUAUCUGCAGACUGUUUUAUAGCUGCACUAAAACGAUUUGUGGCGAGACGAGGAAAACCAAGUGAGGUAUUUUCGGAUUGUGGGUCAAAUUUUGUAGCUGCAAAUAAAGAAUUGAAUAGAGUUAUUGCACUUCUCCAGAAGGAAGAACCCGUUCAUAAUUAUUUCGCCAACGAGGGAAUUAAAUGGAACUUUAAUCCACCUUCCGCCCCUCAUUUUGGAGGAAUUUGGGAGGCAGCUGUCAAAUCCGCUAAAUCUCUCCUAAAACGUACAAUAGGAGACCAAAAAUUGACUUUGGAAGAAUUUUCAACGCUAACGACACAAAUUGAAUCUUGUUUAAAUUCCCGACCGUUGAGCCCUUUGUCAGAGGAUCCAUCCGAAAUGUCUGCUCUUACUCCUGGGCAUUUCUUGGUUGGUACAUCGCUUUCUUCAAUACCAGAAGAAAAUCUUCUGAACGAAAAAAUUCCCCCUUCUUAUCGCUGGAAAUUAACUCAACAGAUUUUUCAGAGUUUCUGGAAACGAUGGUUACAUGAAUAUGUUUCCGCGUUGCAACAGCGAUCCAAAUGGGUACGAGAACAAUCAAAUAUUAAAGUAAAUGAUUUAGUUUUAAUUAAAGAGGACAACGUUCCUCCUCUAAGGUGGAGGUUAGGUAGAGUAAUGGAAGUUUUCCCUGGUUCGGAUCAGAAUGUGCGAGUUGUUAACAUUAAGACCGAUACUGGAUUUUUUCGCCGACCAAUUCAUAAAUUAGCAGUUUUGCCAAAUAUGGACUGA